AGAACCCAGCCUCCCCCAACGACGGUUCCCCCCUUCCCCCGUGAGAGAAGACAAAAAAACCUAGUAAAAACUACUGACACGGUGACACUUCCUCUCUAUCCGUCUUUUUCCGUUGCUUGAAAAUCUCUUACCAAUGGACGGGUUUGGGCCAACCGAUUACGAGGAUUCUAUUUAUGAAUUCACUCUAGCUGAGAUUGUAAAGCUGGAGAAUAUAUUUAAGGAGAUUGCAGAACAAUCAGUGGGUCAGGAGUUUUGCCAAGAUAUUGCAACCAGUUUUAGUCGCUCAGCAAGUCGUGCUGGAAAAUCUGCCGUAACAUGGGAGCAGGUGCAAACUUGGUUCCAGAAUAGGCAAGAGCAGUUGGAAGAUAAAGAAACUUCCUCAUCUCUGGCCCUGAAAUUAUUUGUUGAUACUUCGGAUGAUGCACACAUUCCAAGCAAUGCGCCUGAAAGUUCUCCAAGUCCUAAAGGUAUAAAGGCCACAGAUAUUUCAGAGUUGCAAUUUGAAGCUAAAUCAUCAAAAGAUAAUGCGUGGUAUGAUGUUGCUUCGUUCCUCACUUAUAGAGUUGCUAGUAGAGGCGAACUUGAAGUUCGUGUACGAUUUGCUGGCUUUAGUAAGCAGGAGGAUGAGUGGGUGAAUGUAAAAAGGGCGGUGCGGGAGCGGUCUAUUCCUUUAGAACCAUCGGAGUGUCAGAGGGUGAAGGUCGGAGAUCUUGUGCUUUGCUUCCAGGAAAGAGAAAAUCAUGCAGUUUACUGUGAUGCCUUUGUUGUGGAAAUCCAAAGGAAGCUACACGACAUAAGGGGCUGCAGGUGCACCUUCGUUGUCCGCUAUGACCACGAUAACAUUGAAGAAAAAGUUCAGCUUGGGAGGAUAUGUUGCAGGCCUAUCCAAUAUUCAGGGUCCGGUUUUGAUUUCCAAGCAGGGCCUACACAAUAUGAUUCGCAGGCUGCCUUUGAUAUCCCAGCAGGAAUCAAAUUUCCAUUUUAAGCUGUUUUCAAAUCAUAUUCCCUUUUUCAUUUGUUGUAAAUUUUGCUAUAAAAUGUUGGUAACCUCUGGAAACUUCGAUUCAACUUUACAAGUAGUACUUGAAGAACCA